AUGUGGAAACGUUCACCCAAGGAGUCUGAGAAAGACUCAACUCAACAUCUCUCUGACCUGGGCAUUCUGGGUAGACCGAAGAAGUCUAAGAAAUUUCAAUCACAGCCAGAUUCCUCUCGCUCUCCCCUCCGCUCCUUUCGUUCAUUCACUCGAGGCGUGGUAGACAGACCCGGGAGCAGUCUUUCCAAUCAGACCGAUAUCACCCGGCCAAGGGCACCCUCGACAGUCACCGACCCCAGUCAGCCUGGUCCUUUACACUCAAGUCGCUCACGAGCCUCCUUUCAUUCAAGAUCGGGACAGACUACCGGCCCGAUGGAGGUUGACCGCACACGUACACGGAGGGAAAGGACCUUCGUUGGUACCAAUUGCGCCGUUUGCGACGAACCCUUAGAGCACACUUUGCGCGGUGAGCGUGUACUGCAGCUUUCGUGCGCCCAUGUCUCCCACGAGGCCUGCUUUUACGAAUACGUGCGCGAGUUCGACGGACAAGAAUGCCCGGAAUGCAAUGCGCCUUUAGCCUUGGACACAAGUCGCGGAGGAAACGUUUUGGAUAUUGGUAAGGCCCCUCGUGCGAACUGCCGCGGGGAAUGUCAGAUGACUAAUAUAUGCCUUGCAGACAAGAUCAGCAAGAUCGUGCGCUCCGUGACGACAACUGAUACCGCAACAGUACGCAGUGGAUUGACUACUCCUACUCCGUGGGAGCAACCAUCCACCAGGCGGACCCCAAGCGAUGCGGGCAGCCGCUACACUGCAGCUACACGGGAGCAAAGCUACCAACCUUCCAGCAGAGAGCCAUCAUACAGCGCCUCUGGGCGAGAACCGUACUCCUCGAGGGAACAAUACAACCCGUCAGCAAGAGAUCCAUCUUAUCAUCGACGCGACAGCCGUGACACAAGCAGCCAGCGUGACCGCGUAGAGCGAUUGACUGUUGGCUCCCACAAUCGCCAACCACAUUCUCGUAAUGGCAGCGCAGCGGGCUCUUCUGGAGAAUACAACGAGGGCCAGCACGCAAGCAGUGGACGGCGUCAUGACUACGAUGUGCAGGCUAUGGAAGCUGACCUUAGCCCUCGACCGGGAGUCGCCAAGAACCCUAUACCUGCACCAAUUGUUACCGUUCGAAGCGAAUUCCCUACUAUGAACCGAUCCCGUCAGCAGCAGACUCUCACAUGCUUAAUUACUGUUGAGGUCCCCGAAGCAAACUGGCGGCCAGACGCUGAUGACCUCCGACACACGCCUAGUGGGCAAUCACAGCCGGACGAGCCUUACGCUGGGCGCUUUGCGGGUGGGCAAGAUGCACGUUCUAUUCAAAAUGAGCCAACGGAGAACAUGGAUGAAAUAGCCGAGGAGUUGCGCAACCGGGUGGAUAACUGGCAUGGUCUUGAGUUUAACCGGUUUGGCAAGUUGCGCCUCCAUGGACAGAUACGCGUGGGUAAGGAUCGGGAUUCAUGGCAGGAAUUAGAGUGUUAUCUUUUCGGAGAGAUGCUCAUCUGUGUGAAGGAGAAGAGGUCGUCCGAUCCGAAUCAGUUUGAUGAGAGUGGAAGGCGCAAGCCUGUGCGCUACACCCUCAAGGGCUCAAUCUUGAUCAAGAAGCAUCUUAAGUCUCUUGACGCAUCAGCAGAUGAACCUAUUCUUGCCCUCAACCUCUCUGUCAGUGAGCUGCCUUGUUUCUACCUUCGUUUCCAGAAUCGCAACCAGCUCGAGACGUGGCGCCGGUCUCUGAUUGAUCUGCACCCCGUCGAGAACAUUUUACGCCCGAAUGAUUACGACUAUGAUAAUUCCGGGGAAGAGGAGGAUUUCCGUGGAAGUCGCAUUCAGCGACAGGCUUCACUCAACUCUUCAUACGGUGCAGGCAAGUCUAUCAACACGGCUAUCACCGAUUACAGCAACCCCGACACAGACGCGCCUGCUAUCAACACUAUUCACAUUCCUCUGGAUCUCGUUGUGGUUAUUCCCGUUUCCUCGUCAAUGCAGGGCUUGAAGAUCACUCUCUUGCGUGACGCGCUCAGGUUCCUUGUGCAAAACCUGGGCCCUCGGGACCGCAUGGGUCUGGUCACUUUCGGCUCCAGCGGUGGCGGUGUGCCUCUGGUGGGCAUGACCACCAAGUCUUGGGCUGGAUGGCCCAAGAUCCUUGAAUCAAUCCGGCCUGUGGGACAAAAGAGUCUCCGCGCGGAUGUGGUCGAAGGUGCCAAUGUGGCCAUGGAUCUUUUGAUGCAACGGAAAUUCAAUAACCCCGUUUCAACUAUUCUUCUCAUCAGCGAUUCAUCCAUCUCCGACCCCGAAAGCGUCGACUUUGUGGUCUCUCGCGCCGAGGCUGCCAAGGUCAGCAUUCAUUCAUUUGGUCUCGGACUGACCCAUAAGCCCGACACUAUGAUCGAGCUGUCCACUCGUACCAAGGGCUCCUAUUCAUAUGUCAAGGAUUGGAUGAUGCUCCGCGAGUGUGUAGCUGGAUGCCUGGGCGCCUUGCAGACCACCUCUCACCAGAACGUUAAGCUGAAGCUUCGUCUCCCAGAAGGAUCACCAGCCAAGUUUGUUAAGAUUAGUGGUGCUCUGCACACCACCAAGCGAGCCACCGGCAAAGACGCUGAGGCAGCUCUUGGCGACCUCCGCUUUGGAGACAAGCGCGACGUCCUGGUUCAACUUGUCAUCCAGCCCGAUAAUGCUACCCAAGACAGCAUGCCUCAAGACCCAUGGGAGAGCUUGGUCUCCGGGUUGGAGGCACUUGGCGGUGGCCCAGACGGCGACGAAUCCCGCGUUGUCAGCGUCGAAGAAGUACCCUUGAUCCAAGCUGACUUGACAUACGGCGAUCUCCUUCGUGAUGGCCACCUCACUCACUCCCCCCGCCCAUCGCUCUUGGCAAUCACCAUGCUCCCUCCUAACCCACGCGCCAAGGGCCAACGUCCCUCAACUCCUCCCAUCCCCCCACACCCCUCUAUCGUCCAACGGCGCAUGGAGUUGCUCACCUCCGACAUGCUCACCCGUGCCCUCACCCUUGUCUCUCGAGGUCAGCAGGACCGCGCCUUGCACCUCCUCAAUGAAACCCGCAGUAUCCUCAAGGGUCUGGGCAAAGGUGGUCUCCCACCUCUCCCCCCAGCUGCCAGAUCAGGCAGCGACCCUGACAGCCGCGGCGGGACACCCGUUUCCGCCUCCUCCCCCAAUGCUUCGACCUUCGGCGAAACUCAAUCCUCUGCUUCGGAGACUAAUACCAUUACGCCUUCUUCCGCGGUUGACGCACACACCAUGAACGCUCUCAACGCAGACCUCGAGUCCUCCCUGGAGUGGAUCAACCACCCAGCCGUCUUUAGUCGCGAUUCGCGCAAAGCUGUUCUCCAGAGCAUCGGCGUCAUCUCUUCGCAGCGCGCUUACACCUUCCGCACUGCGUCUGAAGCACACUGGGCCCAGCGCGUCUCUGGUGUUCGACGGUUGACAGAGCGGUCUCGUGAUUGGCGUGAGACUGGUGAUGAUGCCUUGACCGAGGAGUGA